AUUCAUUUGGAUUUUAGCUCGCAACUCGUGCGGUGGACAACUUUCUUGGAGUUGUUCUAGUGUGUGUCUAGUAGUGUCAUUUACACCAACAAAUAAGCAUUUAUAUACUACAUAUACGCAGACACUGCCUGUUGUAUAUACACAUAUUAAGUGCCCGCGAUGAAAUUCCUAAUCUGUGCUCUGCUCGUCGCGUCCUACGUGGCGGCCUCUGAAAUUAAACUGGAGGAGGGCGUCAUUGUGGCGACCGUGGACAACUUCAAACAAGUGAUUGCCGACAAUGAAUUUGUGCUCGUCGAAUUCUACGCUCCCUGGUGCGGACACUGCAAGGCUCUGGCACCCGAGUACGCCAAGGCCGCCCAACAGCUGGCUGAGAAGGAGUCUCCCAUCAAGCUUGCCAAGGUCGACGCCACCGUUGAGGGUGAAUUGGCUGAACAGUACCAGGUCCGUGGCUACCCCACACUGAAGUUCUUCCGCAGCGGAUCUCCCGUUGAGUACAAUGGUGGUCGCCAGGCUGCUGACAUUAUUUCGUGGGUGACCAAGAAGACUGGUCCACCAGCCAAGGAUUUGACCAGCGUUGAUGAUGCCGAGCAGUUCCUUAAGGACAACGAGAUUGCCAUCAUUGGUUUCUUCAAGGAUCUGGAAUCGGAGGAGGCUAAGGUCUUCACCAAGGCUGCCAACGCUUUGGAUUCGUUUGUCUUCGGUAUCAGCAGCAACGAUGAUGUGAUUGCCAAGUACGAGGCUAAGGACAAUGGUGUCGUUCUCUUCAAGCCCUUCGAUGAGAAGAAAUCCGUGUUCGAGGGAGAGCUCAACGAGGAGAACCUCAAGAAGUUCGCUCAGGUUCAAUCUCUGCCAUUGAUUGUUGACUUCAAUCACGAAUCCGCCGCCAAGAUCUUCGGUGGUUCUAUCAAGUCCCAUCUGCUGUUCUUCGUCUCCAAGGAGGCUGGACACAUUGAGGCCCAUGUUGAUCCCCUGAAGGAAAUCGCCAAGAAAUACCGUGAGGAUAUUCUGUUCGUUACCAUCUCGUCCGAUGAGGAGGAUCACACUCGCAUCUUUGAGUUCUUCGGCAUGAACAAGGAGGAGGUUCCAACCAUUCGUCUGAUCAAACUGGAGGAAGAUAUGGCCAAAUACAAGCCCGAGUCGAGCGAUCUGUCCGCCGAGACUAUCGAAGCCUUCUUGAAGAAAUUCUUGGACGGUAAACUGAAGCAGCAUCUGUUGUCGCAGGAACUGCCCGAGGAUUGGGAUAAGCAGCCCGUCAAGGUGCUCGUCUCCAGCAACUUCGAGGAGGUCGCUUUGGACAAGAGCAAGUCGGUGCUGGUUGAGUUCUAUGCUCCAUGGUGCGGACACUGCAAGCAGUUGGCGCCCAUCUACGAUCAGCUGGCCGAGAAGUACAAGGAUAACGCCGACAUUGUCAUUGCCAAGAUGGACUCCACAGCCAACGAGCUGGAGAACAUUAAGAUCUCAUCGUUCCCCACCAUCAAGUACUUCCGUAAGGAAGACAACAAGGUCAUCGACUUCAACCUGGACAGAACUCUGGAGGACUUCUCCAAGUUCCUCGAUGCUAACGGCGAAGUUGCCGAUGCCGAGCCCGCUGAGGAGAGCGAAGAGGAGGAGGCGGCGCCCAAGAAGGACGAGUUGUAAAUUAAGCCAACAACGUAAAAAAAAUCCAACAACAGCAACAACAGCAGCAGCAACACACAUACACUCACACACA